AGAGGGCGGCAGCAGUGGCAGAGCUGCAUCAUCACUACUGCCACUACUGUAGAGAGGAGAGGCAGUUUACUGCCUGCCUCCCUGAUCUCGCUCUCUCUUUCUCUUAUACACACAUUCAUGUAUACACACUCUCUCAGCUCACACACGCACACACUGGAAGUCAGCCGGCUGCUUCUGGGUCUCACUAGAAGCUUCACAGAGAAGAGAUCCUGGUGACUUUAUCCAUCACCUCUGGUUGUUCCCUGCCUGCGCUUGCCUGUCUCCAAAACUCUUCCUGCUUGAGAAGCUUUUUGUGUGUGUGUGUGUGUGUGUGUGUGUGUGUGUGUGUGUGUGUGUGAAAAAGUGUGUAUGUGUUCAUCCCCUGUCAGCGAACCAUGGAUGAGGCUACCACUUCAAGAUCUGACGAUAUUGUUUGGACUGACUUGCUUUUGUUUGCUGAGACAGCCGUUGCGGUCAGCGUGGAGGAGUGUUAACAUCGGAGCUGCUGGGAAUUUCGGCAUUGUUUUUCCCUCCCUUUUUCUUUGCAAAGACCGGAAGUGGAUGCCAGGAUUUUUUUUCAGUGGCUGUGUGCCGGAGCAGAGUGCUUACCUCAGGAUUUGCAGUUGAGGCAGGAGGUGGGGAAUAUGAUAAACAGCUGCGAGGGGAGGACGGUUUGCACUGCAGCAUCACACUGGCAUCUCUGGUUCUGCGUUGGAAAUUUUCUUCUCGAGGAUGCACAAAUGCACAUAUUUCACACUCGGCCGCAGCAGAGUUUGUUUGCAUACACCGAUGGAUUACUGCUUCUUUAAGAACUGGCUCCCUGCCCACUGAGGGAGAAAAGAUGCUAAUUUAGGAAGGGAAAAAGCACUCUGUUUUUGGAGCAGAAGACUGAACGGGCAACUUCAGGAUCAGAAAAGAGACUUGGGUGACAGGUUAACGGCUGCGUUGAGCUGAAACCGCCCCCCCCUCCUGCUCCCUACUCCCUGCUCCCUCCAGUCCAAACAUGAACUCUUCCUCCGAUGCAAACCAAAGUGGCUCUCCCCCGUUCUGCCUGCUGGGUGCCGCAGGUUACUCCCGCAGCCUGGAUACCUGCGUGCUGGAGGUGGUCGUCAUUCUCUUCCUCACCGUGCUCAUCAUCGCAGGCAACCUGGUGGUGAUCUUCGUCUUCCACUGCGCCCCACUGCUGCACCACCACACCACCAGCCACUUCAUCCAGACCAUGGCCUACGCCGACCUGCUGGUGGGCGUCAGCUGCCUGGUUCCCUCGCUGUCCCUCCUCCACUACCUCCGGAGCCUGAACGAGGAGCUCACCUGCAAGGCGUUCGGCUAUAUGGUUUCUGUGCUGAAGAGCGUCUCCAUGGCCUCGCUGGCGUGCAUCAGCGUGGACCGCUACAUCGCUAUCACCCGCCCACUGUCGUACGCCACGCUGGUGACACCAUGCCGGCUGAGGGCGUGCAUUGUCCUCAUCUGGGUUUACUCCGCUCUGAUCUUCCUGCCGUCCUUCUUCGGCUGGGGGAAGCCGGGUUACCAUGGGGACAUAUUUCAGUGGUGCGCUGACUCUUGGAAGACCAACCCUGGGUUCAGCACCUUCAUCUUGGUGCUGCUCUACGCACCAGCCGCUCUCACCGUCUGCUUCACCUACGGGAGUAUAUUCCGUAUCUGCCGGCAGCACACGCGGGAGAUCACCCAGCGCCACGCUCGCUUCAGCUCGCAGACGGAGGGCGAUAAAGGCGAGCGGGGGGAGCGCUGCGAGGGCUGCCCGGACAAACGCUACGCCAUGGUGCUGUUCCGCAUCACUAGUGUCUUCUACGUGCUGUGGAUGCCGUACAUCCUGUACUUCCUCCUGGAGAGCGCUGGGCUGUAUCACCACAAGGUGGCGUCCUUCCUCACAACAUGGUUGGCGAUUAGCAACAGCUUCUGUAACUGUCUCAUCUACAGCCUCUCCAACAGCGUCUUCCGGAAAGGUCUCGGCCGCCUCUUUAGACCGUUGUUUCCCUCCUGCCUUGGCUGCAUGGACGCCAAAAAGGCUCCAGCUCCCAUCAGCCCGUGAGCAGACCCUCGAUGGGUAUGGGGAGUAUGAGCCCUGACGAUGAUGAAUUCGGUUGGGUCUCUUUGGAGGCAUCGGCCUUCUUUGUGUUUGCUUUGCACUCAGCUGCAUAGCAUGACACAGAUCUUUUUGGUCCUGCAUUAAAAUAUGUUGAGGACCCCCUGCACGGAGCAUGCAGAGGUGCCCGUGCAGAUGCCUGUCGGUCGUCUCAAAGGCUGAUUUUUGUGGAGGCUGUGAAGCUUUCUCAAAUGCUCUUGAGUGUGAUGCUGCUCUUUCAUGGCUGCAAAGAUCACAAGCUGACGACACAGAGUAAAGAAGUUUGAUAUUGAUAAAGAUAUACAAAUUCAUGUGUGUGUCACUUCAGUGGAUUUAAUAAACCCUCUUGCCUGCACUAACUUAACAACUCCCAGAAGCAAAAAAAAAUAGGAAAGCACAGCGCGACUUGUGUUGUGCAAUCCACUGAAAUGCAAAAAAUAUUUUAAAUCUUUUCAAGCCUGACUGAAAAAUCUGCAAAUUGUCUUGGUUCUUUCAGGGUAGAAUCAGGUGAUGCAAAAGAUGUUGACACUACACUUGAAACAGACUACUGAUCUGUUUCCCUUAGGGAACUCCAGAAGAUUUUAUGAGUGUAUGAAAAAUCAAUCUGAUAAUCAGCCUGUGUGUGAGUUAAAAAUGUGUAUCAGAUGGACUUUAAGCUCAUUUCCCAGAGAGAAGAUUGAGGUUUAUUUCGGAGCUUGUGUGUGUUUUAUUCCUCUCUUUUGAAGCUGGGUGUUAGCGGGAAGCUUCAAGUAUGUUUACACGGUCUUGGGUUUCACAUGAAAUUGUUGAUUUAAGAAUUAGCUUUACUUACUAAGCAGGCCACUGACCGGGGAAAUUUUGCUGCCGGCAGACAGUGGCAUGUCCUCAUCAAAGAGACAAUACAUAGUAUUUAUUUGAAGAGUUGUAUUCUCUGUUUGCAUUUCCUCCUCAGGUUUAUCAGCGGUUCUUUGUUAAGCCUCUGGGCUGUUUGCCUUUUGAGCUCAGCUGAAACAGUACAUGACUCCUAAAUCACAAGCCACGUAGCGUCUUAAGAUAAUCACCUCCUGACCUGUCGAGUGUUGGUGAAUCUGCUGUCUGCCGGGAUUCACACGAACACCAUGUCAAGACUAACCUGACUGUAGUCUUUAUUGCUUGUGUCUCUUGAGCCCUCAAGCAGCUAAUAGCUGUUCAGAUCAGGGUGAAGUGGAAGAGAAGAGUUAUCACUGUGCAUCACGAGCACGACUUCAGAGAGUAAGAGGGUCAGAGCACCUUUUCAGAGAGCCAGUGACCACUUGUGGCUUCAUGUAAAUAUACUUCAGAGUUUAAAUAUUUAAACAGCGGCUAACUGGGCCCCUGAUGUAAAGUAGACCUCUAGGAUUACAAAUGAUCUUAUGGAUGGAGUGCUGUUGUGUGUUUCAUAAGAUACUUAUUUUGUCACAGCCAAGAGGUCUGACAUGCUACACUCAAUACUGAAUCUGUAUUUUUUUUAACAGUGUUGAGAGGAAGAAGUGAUUCUUUAUGAACUGCAGGGAGAUUUAAGACCUUAAGACCUUAAGAUUUAAGUUCUAGAGUUUUAAAGUCACAAUGAAAUGGUAUUUCUGAGAGCGUCUUGCUCUUGAAUUUGACAUAUGUGUGGUGGUUGAAAAAGAAGAGGAAACAAAAAAAAGAACACUUUGGGAGGAUUGUUUAGAAAAAAACACAAUAGCAAAAGUAUAUGGACGGCCGAUCACAAACCUUUGUGUAGCCGACUUUAUCUGGGGCUGUUCUCAAGGUUUUGGGCUCCUGAGAUCCAAUAGGGUGACAUUUUUAAGCAACAGCAUACGCAGGUAUUUUCAAAGGCAAAACAAAGCCUUGGAUCAAAUUCAGAUUUUCUUUUUUUACAAAUGUAUAUUUUUCCGUGGAAACAGCAUGCUAAAUUUGCAGUAAACUAUAAAACUGAACUGAAAACCAAACCACAGUUUGCAACACUCUGGUGUUGUAAUUUGCUGUGUUUAUUGGUUAAUUUAACAGGGAAAGUUUACAUUAAUAAACCUUGCUGCCAAUGAGCCGGAUAGAAGAACCUGCUGUUCCUUUUACUGCAAGAGAAAUUGUCAACUAAGCAUAAGAACUAUAUCAAGUUAGGCUAAGCCUUAACUUGAGCCACAUUUUUCCUCAAAUAUUAUGUGUAAAUGACAUUUUUUGAUGAGGUUAUUUCAUAUCUCGAUAACGAUAUUUAUCACGAUAUAGCAUGUUUUCUAGUAAUUCAUAAAUAAAUACAUAAAUAUAUAGUCUAU